AUGGCCAAGACGCUGUGUAUGUUCAAGGACUGCCGACAAGAAGCUCUGUACGGCUGCUCCAAGUGCGCAUUCCACAAGCGGCGAAAGAAGUGCUCGUUCCACGAGUGCCACAACCAAGUGUACGCGCGCGGCCUCUGCGUGCGGCACGGCGGCAAGAAGCCGUGCGCGAUCGACCACUGCACCAACUCGGUCAACGGCGGCGACUACUGCGUCGACCACGGCGGCCUUGCUACCAAGCGCUUCUGCGUCGUCGACGGCUGCAAGAAGCAAGCUCACGCGCGCAAGCGCUGUGUGCGCCAUGGCGGCGGUCGCAUCUGCGCCGCGCAAGGCUGCGGCCACCACGCGCGCCUCGGCGGGUUUUGCCUCGCCCACACGACACCGGAUGCCACCCCACCCGCGACGCUCGAGCUCGAACAAGUCGCGGAGUUCCUGCACACGAUCGACGAGCCGCUUCUCGAGUACCUCCACGAAAUCUCCGUCAACCGACCAUGGACGGCGACCGACGACACCACACGGGGAUGA